AGUACUCGCUUAACAAUGGACUGGACACAGUGGCUAGUACUACUAUAUUGUUUUUGUCACGGAGCGACAUCAACAGAACCGCCAUGCGUGAUCGAGCUGCAGUGCGCGGAGUGCGUGCCCGACAACAUGCCGCUGGUGACGUCACAGCGCGCGGCGGACGGCGCGCUGCGCGCGGCGCACGGCGACGAGGUGGCGCUGUCGUGCGGCGCCGGCCGCCUGCUGGCCUUCCCGCUGCGCGCCGGCGUCGUGGCGCGCUGCGAGGCCGGCCGCUACCGCGUGCCGCUCGACGGCUCGCUGCGCCACCUGCUCGAGCUCGGCUGCCAGGAGAACGUCUUCGAGGACGUCCUGCACGCGGUCGAGUAUUGCUCUCCGCCGCUGAGGGGACGCGCCUACCAACUCCAGGAAGAAAAUUCUAACAUUCGGCACAUGGCGACGCUGUGCUUCGACGAGGACCGCGGCAUCGCGACGUUCGCCCGCGUGAGCAACGCCCCCGCCAACGCGCUGCGCCUGCCGCCGCACUCCGAGCAGCGAGCUCCGCUCUCGCUCUUCGGCAACUUCAACGACAUGUUCGAUUCCAACACCAGGAGCAUCGCCGAGAAGCUGUACUCGGACGACGACAGGAUGAACAGACGCCUCCGCGAGCUGUUCAAGCACGAGAAGUUCUCCUUCGCGGGGCAGAACCUCACCGCGGCCGGGCUGCUGAGCGCGCACUACUUCGACGACCAGAACAUGCGGGUCGCAGACUUCGUGUCGAACAAGGUGGCGGUGUGGACGAGCGUCGCGACGGGCAACCUCGAGCACAUGCAGCGCGACGUGGCCAAGUUCGCGAAGAUGACGCGGCCGCACGCGACCGUAGACGUGUACGCGGGCACGCACGGCGCCAUGUCGCUGCGGACGGGGCACUCGCGAAAGGAAAUCUUCCUGCGGGCCUCGCGGUUCCCCGUGCCGAAGUACAUCUGGACGGUCGUGCACGACAAGGCGGGCAAGCGCGCGCUGGCCGUGGCCGUGCUCAACGACCCCUUCGUGGCCGUGAGCGAGAUCCGCGAGGCCGUGUUCUGCGAGAGCGCGUGCGCGCACGUGUCGUGGCUGGCGGCGCUGCGGCGCCACCGCAACUACGAGAGCCCGCUGUACGGGCUGGCCUUCUGCUGCGACGUGCACGACUUCGCGCGCGUCGUGGCCGAGCUGCCGGCCGCGCUGCUGGCCGACGUGCCGGCCGGCCGCGCGGGCUUGCUGACGGACUUGUAGUGAUGUUGUGUCGCAAAUAAAACGCAAAUAAAACGUAGGAUGUGAAA